UUUUGCUUGCUCGAGCUCGUUCUGAUAACAACACAGCAAAAGGAAGGAAGCAGCGACAUCAAGCCACCUCUAAACUAGCGCCCUUCACUUUGUAUUUUACCAACAAGCUGCCAGCACAGAAACCACGGACACUUUUAUAAAUUCGUUUUUAGCUUUUUAUAUUUUUGCUUUGAUACAGCUGCUACCUCCGUUUCCCGUCUACUCUCCAACUGGUUGACUUUGACGCAAUAUGCCUUCGGAGAAAACCUUCAAACAAAGAAGGACAUUCGAACAGAGAGUAGAAGAUGUCAGACUGAUCCGAGAGCAGCACCCCAACAAGAUACCGGUGAUCAUUGAGAGGUAUAAAGGAGAAAAGCAGCUUCCCAUCCUGGACAAGACCAAGUUCCUGGUGCCAGACCAUGUCAACAUGAGUGAACUCAUCAAGAUCAUCAGGAGGCGCCUCCAGCUCAACUCCAACCAGGCUUUCUUCCUGCUGGCCAACGGCCACAGCAUGGUCUCCGUGUCGGCUGCCAUCUCCGAGGUCUACGAACGGGAGCGGGACCAAGAUGGCUUCCUCUACAUGGUGUACGCCUCCCAGGAGACCUUUGGCUCUGCCACGACCGCCCAGUGAACGGCCUCCCUUCUUCUUCCACCUGGCAGGCCAUUGAACAAUAUUAGUUUUUAGCCCCCUCCAUGUCUCUUACCACACACCUUUAGUCUUGACUGUAAGAACUAAAACACAUUCUGCUUAAUCUAAACACGGCGUACGGUAAAUCCCAGCUUGAAUAGGUUCAGGUCCCGAUCUAUAUUAUGACUGCAAUGAGCGAAUAGACUGUUUGUGAACCACCACACUACCCAGAUAGCAUAGAGCCACGAGGGCUGACCAGAACAGUAUAGGUAGAGAAAACCCCAAAUCUGAUUCAGGCCAGUAGAGUCUUUUAGUGUGUGUCUCUGCUUUAUUGUCCUCUCUGGUGAAUCUUGCCUGCUGUUAUGGCAACGUACGGCCAGUCAACAGCAGUUAUUUUCAGUGUUGUGGUUACGUGUCUCCUCGGCUGUAUUUAUGUUUAUGUAUAUAUACAUUUCAGGUAGUGAUAUUGCAUAAAAGUGGUGAGGCUCCACCACUUGUGUGUGUAUAUAUAUAUAUAUAUAUAUAUAUAUAUAUAUAUAUAUAUAUAUAUAUAUACACACACAUUAGCCAAUGAACAAAGCCAACCUUAAACUUAAGGUUUUUGGAGAUGGGCACUAGAGAAAGUUAAGGGUUUCCGGGUUCACGUGUUGUUUUUAGCGGAGCAUUUUAUUGCAGUAAGAAGGUGAAGCUUGGGGAUUUUUAGUUUGGAUCAGAGUACUUUUUCCAGAGAUAAAUGCUGAAUGAAGUAGAGAAGAUUCCUGUCCUAGUCCUUCUUUGGUGUUUUUAAUCCCUCCCUGCCUUGUAUCCUAAAGCAUCUUCACUGUAUCAAAACUAUAUUGGGGGAAUUGCUUUUGCUCUGGAAACGGAUGAUUAUAGGCUGCAAAAAAAAAAAAAAAAAAAAUGCCUUGGUGUACAGAUAUUAUUGACUUUACAGCUUUGAAUAUAAAAAGGGGUUCCAAUGAGAGUGUAACCAAGUUGACUUUGGACACACUACAGGAGAAUGGUCUGAUUGCUCGUGUGAAUGGAGGAUGAUGAUAAGGUGUUUCUGUAAAUGCUGAUGAGGGGGAGGGGGUUGCCAUUUCCCCUUUUACUUUUUCGGGUCCUUUGUCACAGGUAUUUAUUAAGGUGAUCAAGGAAUGGAGGAAGGUCAAACAAACAGUGAAACAGAGACAGGUGGAUGAGCAUCGUGUCUGACUGUUCAUCUGUGUUCUGCCUUUGAGCUACAGGGGCAGAUUUCCCAGAGCUGUCACUGUUGUUUAGUUUCACUUCGCUAGAAUUCAACAAGCACUUUCACUCUGUACACCUGCCCAGCGGGUUUCCAAGGGCUGCACUCUAAAAAAAAAAAAAAAAAAUAGAAUAUCCUGUCUGUCUAUAGAUGGUCCUUCACACUGUGCUGUGCUGUGCUUCUCCUCCUCCUCCUCACUACUAUCUUCUUACCAGAUCGAGGUUUAGCAGCUUUUAUAUAUCGCGGUAUUUUACCAUUUUGGUUCUUUUAAUUUUAUGUGAGUUUUAUUUCAUUGUACGACAUGUCUAUACUCUUCGCUGUCUACAGUAUGUGAUGUAGGCCUACAAAGUUUUCCUGACUAGUGAAAGCCACUGUGUGUUUGUUACAGAGGGGUGGAGCGUUUGUUUCUGUAGUCUUUUCUGCCUGCUCCUCUGUUUCACACACACACACACACACACACACACACACACACACACACACACACACACACACACACACACACACACACACACACACACACACA